AUGCCCCCUCGUGGUCUCUCCAUCGUCACUCUCCAAAGUAUGAACGACGAGGACAAGGCGAAAAAGGCCCGCGACACGCCUCGCAAGCCUGGCUCUCGAGCCUCAAGCAGCACGACUACGCCAUCCACUCUCUCAGCCUCCGCUGUACUAUCCGUGCACGCCCCCGAUGACUACGAAAGGACGUCAUACUACAACGGGAUCUCGGCCAGUGACCACCCAGACCUCAUAUACCGCUCAGAUUACCUCACCAGGCCCUUCCCGAAGCCCGCCGGCGGACACGCCGACCUUCCCGUCAAGUCGAUCCACGGCACACACGGCACCCCGUUGAAAGACGUGUGGGAUGUGGUCGCCCCGCAGGUUUUCGCCCUACUCAAGGCGGGCGAGAUCAAAUGGACGUCCCUCAGCACGGUCUGCUUCUUUACCGAUACCCCGGGGGAAGAUGAGGGGACGUGGGGCCUCGGACCCCCCGUCAUCUGGGUCAAAGUCCCCCCGGGCUCGACCUCCGCCGAUGCCGCCCACGAGGUCUCUCAGGAGAUCCUUGCUGUUCUGAAAACCCACGACAUCGACGACGUGGUUGUGGAGUGGUGCGAGGCGGAGGGAGCUCGCUUCUAG